UUCGAAAUUUCGAACAAACAAAUUCUAAACGUGAAAUAAAAGUGUUUGUUCAUUUAGUUAAAUAAAGCAAUCUUAAAGAAUAUAGAGGAUUGAAAAAGUAUUUGCAGAUUCAUAACUACUAAGCAAGCAUUAAUAUAAUGGAGAAAACAUAUGAAAACGAACUAGCUUUUGUCGGAAUUCGAUUUUGUCAGGAAUGUAAUAACAUGCUGUAUCCAAAAGAGGACAAAGAAAACAAGAUCCUUCUUUAUGCUUGUAGAAAUUGUGACUACAAAACUGAAGCCGACUCUUACUGCAUAUAUGUUAACAAAAUUAUGCACGAAAUCGAUGAAUUAACUCAUAUUGUCCCUGAUGUGAUUUCUGAUCCUACAUUACCAAGAACAGAAGACCAUCCGUGUCCAAAGUGUGGACAUCGAGAAGCAGUUUUCUUCCAAGCACAAACACGACGAGCGGAAGAAGAAAUGAGACUUUACUACGUGUGCACCAAUCAAAACUGCUCUCACCGAUGGACUGAAUAAAUUUACGACUUGGAACUUUUCAUUUACAUUCUCAAUUUCAAUAAAAGUAAAAAUUUGAAAAUUUAAAUUCCAUUUGUUGAUGAAAAUAUUCUAUGUUGAAGUCUACGCGUUUUAUCUUGUAAUUCAAAUUCCAGAAUGAAAGAGGAUGCGCUUAAAUACUAUCUUUUAUAUAUAAUUAUGAUUUGAUGAAGCCAAGUGCUUCGAAUGAGGAAAUUUAAACGUGAGACUGUAGUUUUAAUUUCAAAAAAGGAAUCCAAGCAUUGCAUUAAUUCACAUUCAGGAAGUUGAUGAAAGCAUAAAAUUUCAUAAAUUCUUUCAAGCAAAAUGAGAGACUCGAUUCAAUAAUAAAGUUUUCUAUGUUAUUUACAUCUUAAGUUUCAAUGAAGGAAGAAUUUUUUUUAAUCUAAAAGUUUUAAAUAAAGUUUGUUGAUAAAAGUCUCGAAA